UCUCAUUUAGGGGUAUUUAUGGCCCCAAAAAAUCAUACCCCUCAAGAACAAAGACAUUGUCUAGUCUUUCUUUAUCUGUAGUCACUGCCUGUGUUCGACAGAUUUUUUAUUAUUAUUAUUGUUUUAAUUAAAAAAUUGUUAUUACAGAAUUCAUGUACUAUAUCUUUUAUACUAGUUUUAAAACGUUACAUCUUAUUACAGGUUAAUUUGAAAAUUUAUAAUAUAUUUUGAAUGCAUGGAAUAUAUAAAAUUGAACCGCUGCUUAUAUGAAUACAGGAACGAAGGAACGAAUACAGUGUGUUCAUGUGUUCCAAGCUAUCGUGUGGUAUUAUCGAAAACUCUAGAGUCUCUCUAAAUUUUCACGCUUUUACAAGAAAAAUUUGAUCCUGUGAUCUAUUAUUACAUCGCGCUACUACGAACAAACUACUUAGUAAAACUUUCGAAAGGAGGCGAACUCCACUAAUUCAGUGGAUUGUUCUCAAAACUGGAGUAAGAAAUGUCUCACACAAUAUUACUCGUACAACCAGGCAAUAGACCUGAAACAAGAACCUAUUCUGAUUAUGAAAGCGUCAAUGAAUGUAUGGAAGGGGUGUGUAAAAUUUAUGAAGAGCAUUUAAAAAGGCGGAAUCCAAAUACACCAACCAUAACAUACGACAUCAGCCAGCUAUUUGACUUUGUUGACCAGCUUACAGAUUUAUCAUGUCUUGUUUAUCAAAAAUCUACAAACACAUAUGCUCCCUACAACAAGGACUGGAUUAAAGAGAAAAUAUAUGCUUUACUACGUCGAGCUGCUGGACAUAGCGAAUAAUUAAUGAAUAAAAAAUAGAUAUAUGCUUUUUAUGUAUAAGAUAACUUAAGUUUAAGUAAAGAUCUAUAUUACCGUUUGUAAUAAUAAAUAUAUAAUCUAAAAAUA